AAUUUGUAUGAGGGUUAGCUGGUUAGCCUGAAUGCAUAGCCAUGGAUGCCAUGGAUCAAAGGAUGUUGAAGGAGGAGGUGGUACGCCUCAGAUCUGAAUAUGAUUCGUUGAAAGCAGCUGCAGAUGAAGAGCAGGCAGCUGAUGAGAUUCUCCUGCACGAUGCUCAGCUGGAGCGGCUUCGUUUGCGUACCUUGCUGGAUCGAUAUGUGGAACGUCCACCAAAGGUGGAAGAGUUAGCUGAGAGAUACGAAUCUGAGAUCGACGAACUCUCUGAAGAGCUGCGGCAGUUGCAGGAAGAGAACGCUUUGUUGGCAUAUCACGAGUCUAGUCGUGCCGAACAGUUCGACCAUGAGGACGCUACACCAUCCACCAGCCGAAGCCACCGAUCGCCCUCCACCCGAUCACCACGCGUGAACACGCGUCGCACGGCGCGUCAGGUCCAUCUUCAAGCAAAAGAGACACGGCAGUGCGAAGCGAAGCUGACGUCUUUGAGGAGGCGGACACGUGUGAAUGAAUGGUAUUUGUCACAGUUGAAGGGUCAGCUACAGGAAACCGCCAAGGUGAUGCAAAACCGCGAGCAUCGUCUACAAGAGUUGCGGCUUCGUUUCGACCAGGCAGGUGAAGAACGCCAGCGCUUAGCCGAAGAGCACGUGCGAACGCAGCAGAUGUUGGAUACGGAACGCCAGGAACUGGUGCAGCUCCAUCAGGAAGCCUUGAGCCUUCGAGAGGCGUGUUACCUGCCAGCGCAGCUCAAGAAGAAGAGCAGCAUGCUCACCAAAUUCCUGGAUCAGGAGGGUGGGAGGCUGAAGUUGGAGAAGCACUUGCGCGGACGUGAAGUGGUCGCAAAGCUGUAUCGCAGCGUGGCACAACAGGCACCGGAAUGUCAAGCGAUAGCCGGCCGUGUCAAGACAGACAUGGAUGCAGCCUUUGCGAACCUUCAGCAACUCCAAGCGCAGCAUCAGCGCCAGCUCCAACAACUACAUUUGAAUUUGGCAAGAAACGCGUUUUCACCCAGAUGAAGAGAGCAUCGGCAUACCUGCCACCACGCAAGAAGGACAAACGAUCGCCAGUGAUGCAAGGCACAUGCCCAUGCGACAAAGCAAGACGUUUUUCGAUUGUGGUAUACAAUGCCAAAAAUAUCCACAAAUCUGUCUUUGUGAUUGCAGGACAUUAGGAUUUGUCAUGCGACACAGCUGGAGUGGUGCAGUUGUUUUGCUUGAUUCCACUGUCACUUGAAGUCGUUAGACCACGCGCUUCAGCGCAAAAGGUAACAAGAGCAAACUGGGAACACAAAGUAGAAACGAAACGCUUGCAGUCUGAAAUCAGGAGCAAUAUUGCUUAAUAUUCAGUCUGAGAGGUGUAUUUGAUGCAGCUGUAGCAUUGACAUGCGAAUUCUACCCACUUCUGUAGUCAAGAAAAGUUGCUCAGCGAGGCUUUAGUGGUUCCUUGAUC